UUGUAUCGAUUGUCUGUACAAUAUUGUAACAACAUUUUACUCGAUCCAAAUAAAUCGAAUUCUUUUUCAAAAUCUUCAAACAAUCAAUUUUCCAUUUCGAAAAAUGGAAACUGAUAACACUUCCAAUAAUGUUUCCAAUUUUAAACUCUUGGAUAACUUUAUACAAGAUGUUCGACAAGAAAAUGAAAAUAAACGAAAAAUGUUGGAAAUGUUUUCAAGUAACAAUGAAAUAGAAGAUAUUAAUAUGAAAAUAAGCCAACAAGAAAUCGGUGAAAUCGCUUCCCGAUUGAAAACAAUUUUUUCUCUAGACAAAUCUCCUGUCCAAGUUCUUCAUGAACUUUUUCCCGGUACUAACAAUACUGUCAGAAUCAUUGAUAAAGGUUCUCAUGGUUUAGCCCAUGAACCCACACAUCUAACAUGUAUAACGAUUGAAAAUAUUGGUAGUUUUAUUGGUGAAGCUAAAAGUAAACAAGAAUCGAAACAAAAAGCAGCUCAAAAUGCCAUUGGUUUUUUAACUCGAUUUUUGCCAUUAUCCGAAAGUAAAAGUAAAAGUAAACGAAAAAAUAAAAGAAACAAAACCGGUGAUUCUACUAUUGGAAAAUUCGUCGAAUAUAGUCAACAAAAUCAAACAGAUGUUGAAAUGACUUCUGAAGAGAUUUCUCAACCCCAAAUAGAAUUCAUUCCAAAACAAGAUUCAGAAAAUUCGCAAUCAAAUGAUGAUGGAAAAUUAACCGAUGUCGAUGAAAAAGUUAAACCCACGUCUUAUUCAUUGAAAUUUAUGCAAGAUGCAGAUCUUUCAAAGCUUAUCUGUGAAAAAGUGUUUGAGAAAUUAUCCGAAACAAUCAAUCCAAUCAAUCUGAACAAAUUGAUUGAUAAAUUAAUCUGCGAUGAACGUGCUAGACUUAAUUUUGUUGAGCAGGAUUUAUGGCGAUACAAAGAAUUAGCAAGCUUUGUCUUGGUCUCGGAUAUCGAUAAAAGUAUUCAAGUUUUAUGUUUAGGAACUGGAACUAAAUGUUUAUCAAGUGAACAUCUAUCUCUUGAUGGUAAUGUUGUACAGGAUUCACAUGCUGAAGUGAUAGCUCGUCGAAGUUUAAUACAUAUUUUAUAUGAUCAAUUGGAAAGUCUAUUAGCCAACAAUUUAAAUGAUAAACCGGUGUUUAUUCUUGAACCUGCUGAUUCAAGUGGAAAACGUUUUCGACUUAAAAGUCAUCUUAAAUUACAUUUAUUUAUAACAUCACCUCCGUGUGGUGAUGCUCGAGUAUUUAAUUUCAAUGAGAACAUCAAAAAUAUUCGUACACCUAAAGGAGUAUUGCGAUGUAAAAUUGAAAAGGGACAAGGCACUGUUCCAAUGCCAUCAAAUUAUAUGGCUACCUGGGAUGGUAUUCUUUUGUCCUACCAACGUUGUACAUUCAUGUCUUGUUCAGAUAAAUUGGCCCUAUGGAAUGUUGUCGGUGUUCAAGGAUCAUUGUUAAGUUUAGUUUUAGAACCACUUUAUAUUGAAAGUUUAGUCGUUUCAAAUCUAUUUCGUUAUACUCAUCUUGUCCGUGCUUUGCAUGGAAGAAUUGAUAAAGAAAAAUUAAACAGCAAACUUGAAAAUUUAACAGGUUACCGAAUCAAUGAAUGUAAAGUUGGAUUCAAUGAUAAAUCAUCAACUUUCAAAGAUCCGAAGUUUUCAUUCAUUCCAUCUUAUUCUCACAAUUGGUACAAUCCUAUUGAACAAAAAUCAUCUGAACAAAUAUUCGGAGAUAUAGAGAUUAUUCGCUGUGAAACGGGGACAAACUAUUUCAACGAUGAAAUUUCACGUUUAUCAAAACGAAAAUUGUUGGAAAGAUUUCUGAAUCUAAUCUCUAAUUAUCCAGAUAUUAGCAAGGAAAUACAUUUAACCGAUACAUCUGAUGAUGUAAACGUUGAAACUUUAUCGAUUUCUAAUUGUGCGAAUAAAGAUUAUCAUUUUUUGAAGCAUAUUGCACGUACAUAUCAUCAAGCUAAAAUAGCAUUAUUUGCUACAUUCGAAGAAAGUAAUCUUAAAACUUGGGUUCCAGCACCGAUUGAUGUCGAUCUUUUUCCGAUUUUUCCACAACCAUCAACGCAACAAGAACCAGAACCAAGUAUCGAAGUUAAUAAUGAUAUAGUAGCCGACAAUAAUAAUGAUAAUCAAAGCGAAUCAUGAUUAUAAAAUUUUCUACAGAAAUUUCAUAUUAAUAUAAUUUUUUCUAAUUUAAAAGAAGCAACAGUUAUAA